AUUGUGCUUCAUAAUAGCACAUGAAGAAGAGUCUCGGUCAACCGUUUGAUGAGCUCUAAACAAAUAAUCAAACAUUCCUAAAACAGCAGAGUUACAAUUGAAAUAUUCUCAAAUUAUUCUACUAUAUCAACAUGUUACAAACUAGCAUAGAAGCUAUAUUAGUACAAGUAAAAUCUAAAUAAAAAUAGUAUCUCUGCUAAUAGCUUGAAAGUCAGUAAGAAAUGAACAGAAAAAGAGCUUUAAUCGCAGAUACAUUCUGUUUAAUGAAGAAACGCAGAUCUGGAGCUGACAGUGUUAAUGGGGAGAGUCAAGAUGGAGUGACUGAUAUCAGAUCAAGCUUGCAGUGCCUCAUGAUGCUGUUUUCACGCAAACUCUUCAACGACACUCUUCCUCCUGUGGUGUUAAAACAUCAGCUGUACAGUUUACACAAUGACAAAACCUUAGUGGACAAGCAGGUGAAUGAAAUGAGAGAAAACGGCGAGCUGUUGAUGUUCCAGAUGGGAUUCGACUCUGAGGCCUUCGCUUUGGUGUUUUCUGAAGACUACAGAUCCAAAGUUCUUCAGGGGCAGGCAGGCAGAGAGACUCUCGGAACUGUAGAGAAAUUUCUGGAUAAACUAAUUCCCGCCUGCUCCGAGUUGAGCUUCAACAAAGAGAAAAUGCUAAAAGAGUUCCUCUUUACAGACUCUGAGAUCACGCAGCUGGUGAAAUCAGGUGUGCUGACCGUGAGGGAUGCGGGCAGCUGGUGGCUUUCAAUCCCAAACUCUGGCAAAUUCAUUAAGUAUUUCAUUAAAGGGCGCAAAACUGUUCUUGGCAUGGUAAAGAAAUCCAAAUAUGGUGAAAUCCUAAAGACUGAAUUGGAGGGACGGCACACACCUGCCCAGGUUAAAUUCCAGAUGAAGUAUCACAUUCAUGAUAUUGUUGGAGCGGAGUUAGUUGAAUGCAUACAGACAACAUCAGGGACGGUAUUACGUUAUGUGGAUGGAAACAACUUGUCUUAGAUUCAAUUUAGUACACAUUUGAAUGAACUGUAUAGUUUUAUUUAUUGCCAUGUUUUGUUUUGGGUUACAAACAGCCCCAAGGCAACAGUGUAUUAUUGUUUGCUUUAUCAGAUAUAAUAUUUCACAUUAAUAAAAAAAACAAAAAACAAUUCUCAUUCAUUAAUAGUACAUAUGCCAUACAUUUUUUUACGUUUAUCAGUUGAAGUCAACAUGCAAUCAGAUUUGACCCCAUGUACUGUGCACAAUUCAUCAUCAAUAUCCUGUUUCAAGUCAAAUGUGUUGCAAAACUCUUUUCAUGUCGACUUUAAAGCCUAUCACUUUUUCAAAUGUACACUUGGAAUCAAACCAAAUGUUUUAAGGUUUAAUCUGAAUUUAUUGUAUUUGAAAAACAAGUGACAUCAUGAUUACCACUAAAAACAGGGUAACAAUGUUAUUAGUACAUGAAUAAAAUGUUAGUUAAAAAUGAUUAACUAUAAUGGGAAUUUAAGAUAAACCUACUCCACAUAAUAAUCCUGUAGUGUUUAUUUUGUAACAUUAGCAAAUAUAAAAGUGUCAAGAAGACAAAAAAUAAAAUUCUAAAAAUGUGCUGUUAACAAAAAUAUAUAUUUCUAUAUGGCUGUAAAGGGUGUACUUAAAAUACCCAGACCAUUAAAGGAUUGUUUUAACUAUCAGAUUUACCUGUACACUAAAAGUCCCACAUGAUCCAUUUGAUAUUCCAGACCCGGACAGCCUUUGUCAAAUAUAUAGGACAUCUUAAGUAGAAAGGACCUUCAAAACUGGGAUGCAGAUAUUUGGAAAUCUGUCAUCACCUCUUACAGCUGAAAUAUUUAUGACAUACUGGGGUGAAUCACACAAUAUCUGUCAAGGGUCAUAUUUCACCCCAAAAUCAAUAAUAAUAAUAAUAAAAUAAAAAGUGUUUUACUUACAAUUUAACACAUCUUAAUACCAUUGAGGUUUUUGGAAUUAUGACAAUCUUUCAUGACAAUUAACCACAUUUCCCAUUAAAUCUCAAAUUAUAAUGGCCAAAAAAAAAAACAACUGUUCUCAAUUAUAAUGCAUAAAAAUGAGGAAUUAUUUAAAUAGUCAAGUAUUUCUAUUAGUAGUAUUUGUAGUGUUUAAAAACAAAUCAAAAAUCAACCUGUAGUACCUUAAAAAUGGAUGUAUUGCAGUAAUUGGAAAUGGACUCACUAUUGAGUAUAACAGAAAUUACAAAAAGUAAAACAUCUGAACAUCAGGCUAUUAUAUUAUCUGAAUACAUUAAGGUAAUGGAAAUUUGGGUGGGAAAAUGUGGUUAACUGUCAUAAAAAUGGUCACAAUACAAAAAAGGUCCUAAACUAGGCUAAACUGGUUUUGCAAAUAUAUUUCUUUGAUUUUGAGGUUCAAUGUGGCCUGGACAUGUUUUCAUGAUAUUCCCCCACUGACAUAAAAGCAUUGCAAUGAGUGCAGCCUCAAAUACAGUAUAACCCCCAGACAAAUCAUAGUGUUAACAAAACCUGAUAAUGAAGAAAUAUACAAAUCUGGAAGGACAUCUCAUCCUUCUGUUUACAGAACCUCUUGUUUUAGUGUGAGGUAAGCUGACUUCUCAGUAGCUAACAGUUAGCUUUGGUUUGCCAAAUGGUUGCAGCACGUAAGAGGUAAUAAGCAACAAAUUUAGUGUAUACAAUGCUGCCAUUUCCUAUUGUAGUGCUAUUUGGCAAGAUCUUCAUUCCUUUCAAACAAAGACUGUAAACAAACAUUAUGGGUUCUCAAUGGAAGGAACCAACUUCAGGUCAUUGUUAACCUUCUAGUUAAUAUCCGUUAUCCAUCAAAGGCCGCAGGUAGUACAAUAAUGUGUGUCUAAGGGAGAUGGGUUAAGAAUAAUAUAUAUAUAUAUUUUUUUUUUU